UCCUGGCCAGGCUGAGUAAGGGCUUCCAUCCCAGCCUCCGUGCUCCAGCCAGCUGUCACAUAGUGGGUUAAGAUGGCUGAGGAGGAGGGUGAUGUGGACGAGGAGGACGUGUUCCUGGCGUUUGCCCGGAGGCCCUCUCCUCCCAGGGGUCCCCUGCGGCAGGCCAUGGACAAGGCCUUCUUUAUCUUCCUGGUCCUCACCCUGACACUACUGACGCUGGAGGCUGUUUAUAAGCUGCUAUGGCUGUUACCAUGGGCAAAGUUUGGGGACUGGCUCCUGAGAACACCUCAGAUGGAGGAGGAGCUGGAACUGUGACCGCCUUUCCUAUAAACGUCCUCUUUCCCUGCUACAGAGGUGAGAGGGGAGA